CCCGAAAACAACCUGUUGAUCAUUAAAAGUUAUUCCAUCAUUGAAUCAAGUGAAUCAAAGUGAAGUGUUUCAUUCAAUCAACAAAAAAUGAAUCAAAUUUAUAAGUGAUAAUUUCUUAACCAAAAAAAAAAGAAAAAAAAACAUUACCUUAACAUCACCAAAGUGUUAAUAAAAAUAAUAAUGGCCUAUGUUAAUGUAGCUGAAUGGACAUCUCAACAUGUAGGCGAUUGGCUUUAUGGUUUGGAUGAUUCAAUAUUACCAUAUGUACAAUUUUUUGUCAAUAAUCAAAUCAAUGGAUGUCGUUUAUUAUUAUUAAGUGCACAGGAUUUAAUUAAUUUAAAUAUCAAUAAAAUUGGACAUCAAGAAAUCAUUCUGGAAGCAGUAGAAUUAUUAAGAAAUUUACAUUAUAAUAUUACAUCGGAAACAUUACAAACAAUUGCAUUACGUUUAGCAUGUAAAUCACGAGCAUUAUUUAAUCAAUUGAAAAAAUCAGCAGAAAAAGCUGCUGCUGCUGCUGCAGCCGAAGCAACCACAUCGACCACAAAUUUCAAUCACCCUAUAUCGGAUUCAGAUAAUCAUCAUUAUGUAAGCCAAAAAAAAGAUAAAAAUAAAGAUAAAGAUAAGGAUAAAGAUCAUCAUCAUCAUCAACAACAGCAACAAUUAAAACAACAGCAAUCGAUUGAAUCAACAAUCGAUUUAUCACCAGUAUCAACAACAACAUUAGCAUCCGUAUCGGAUAUAUUAUCAGCUGUUAAAGAUUUUAUAUCAUGGAUUGAUCGUUAUCCAUUUGAUGGACAAGAUAAAUAUAUUCAAGCACGGAAAUCAAUAUUACAAUUAUCAAUUGAAUUAACAUCAACAGCACAACGUGAUCAACAAUUUGUACAAGGUCCAAAUGAAGUAAUCAGACAAUGUUGUAAAAAAUUAGCUGAUCUUUGUGAUCGUUUAGUACAAGAAUUAAAUGAUUCAUUAGCAAUACAAGCAGCAUCAUUAGAAGUGGUUACUGUUACAAAAAAUAUGGAUGAAGAUUUAGGUAUGCAUAUACAUUCAUCAUAUUCAGGUAUACAUGUUGUUGGUGGUCUUAAAUAUCAUUCACCUGCAUAUUUGAAUGGUAAUAUUGAAGAAGGUGAUGAAAUUAUACAGGUUAAUUAUCAAACAGUAGUUGGUUGGCAAUUAAAAAAAUUAGUAGCAUCGAUGCGUCGUUUUCCCACCAAACUAAUAUUGACGGUAAAAAAACGACCACGUCAUCAUUCAAGUGGUUCAUUUACGGUUGUACCACAAUUUGCAUUACCAUUACCCGAAAUGUCUAUUAUUGGUAAUUCAAGUUUACCAUUAGGUGCAACAUUAUCCGGAAUUUCUAAUGCUAACAUUUAUAAUACUGCAAUUAUGAUGUCCACUGGUGGUGGUGGUGGUGGUCAACAAUAUCCUCCACCAUCAUCAUCGACAACAACAACUAAUCAAUCAAUCAAUAACAACAACAACAAAUCGGAAUCGUUUGAUUCAACAACAACAACAACAACAACGUUCCAAAUGUCAAUCAUCUGA